UGGACAGCCGGAGUCUGGGCUGGCCGAGCAGCCGUGCCCCGUCCCCUGGCUGCUGACACAGCGCCCUGGCCGCCGCUCCAGCGGCGCUCCAGCGCCCGCUAUAAAGGGCCACAGGAGAAGCCGGCGCCGGCACCGCCACCUCCGCCUCUGUGCCCUGCCCUCCGACCAACCGAGAGACCCGUAUGACCAGCAGUGAAGCCAUGGACACCCUGGGGCAGUACAAGAUCACGGUGUGGGAGGAGGAGAACUUCCAGGGCAAGCGCUGCGAGUUCCUCAUGGAGUGCCCCAGCAUCAUGGAGCGCGGCUUCCGCAAGAUCCGCUCCAUCAAGGUGGAGUCUGGCCCCUGGGUAGGCUUCGAGUACCCUGAGUACCAGGGACAGCAGUUUAUCCUGGAGAAGGGUGACUAUCCCCGGUGGGAGGCCUGGAGCGGGAACAGUGGCUACCGGACCGAGCACCUCCUCUCCUUCCGGCCUGUCAAAUGCGCAAACCACAAUGACAGCAAAGUCAUCCUCUACGAGGCUGAGAACUUCCAGGGUCACAAGUUUGAGCUGAGUGACGACUAUCCCUCGCUGCAGGCCAUGGGCUGGGGCAACAAGGAGGUGGCAUCCAUCAAAGUGAACGCCGGAGCGUGGGUGGCAUACCAGUACCCGGGAUACAGGGGCUACCAGUACGUGCUGGAGCGGGACAGACAGAACGGCGAGUUCAAGAAGUACAAUGAAUACAGCAGCCAGGCCCACACCAACCAGAUCCAAUCCAUCCGCCGCGUCCAGCACUGAACUGGGGCAGGGCUGUGUGCCCUGCAGCCUCCAGGCUGCUGUGCAAUAGACCUCUAUCCGGUAGCAAAUAAAGGCAUUUGUCAAAAAAAGAGUGCUCCUGCCUCUGCUCUGCUCCUC